AUGCGCUACGAGCUGCAGACGAUGCGAUGCAGGAAUGGAAAGGGGGAAUGCAGUGUAGAGGGCUCCGGGGAGGGGGAGGGGGAAUGCAGUGGAGAGGGCUCCGGGGAGGGGGAGGGGGAAUGCAGUGGAGAGGGCUCCAGGGAGGGGGAGGGGGAAUGCAGUGGAGAGGGCUCCGGGGAGGGGGAGGGAGAAUGCAGUGUAGAGGGCUGUGGGGAGGGGGAGGGGGAAUGCAGUGGAGAGGGCUCCAGGGAGGGGGAGGGAGAAUGCAGUGUAGAGGGCUGUGGGGAGGGGGAGGGAGAAUGCAGUGGAGAGGGCUCCGGGGAGGGGGAGGGAGAAUGCAGUGUAGAGGGCUCCGGGGAGGGGGAGGGGGAAUGCAGUGGAGAGGGCUCCGGGGAGGGGGAGGGAGAAUGCAGUGGAGAGGGCUCCGGGGAGGGGGAGGGGGAAUGCAGUGGAGAGGGCUCCGGGGAGGGGGAGGGAGAAUGCAGUGGAGAGGGCUCCGGGGAGGGGGAGGGGGAAUGCAGUGGAGAGGGCUCCAGGGAGGGGGAGGGGGAAUGCAGUGGAGAGGGCUCCGGGGAGGGGGAGGGGGAAUGCAGUGGAGAGGGCUCCGGGGAGGGGGAGGGAGAAUGCAGUGUAGAGGGCUGUGGGGAGGGGGAGGGAGAAUGCAGUGGAGAGGGCUCCGGGGAGGGGGAGGGAGAAUGCAGUGUAGAGGGCUCCGGGGAGGGGGAGGGGGAAUGCAGUGGAGAGGGCUCCGGGGAGGGGGAGGGAGAAUGCAGUGGAGAGGGCUCCGGGGAGGGGGAGGGGGAAUGCAGUGGAGAGGGCUCCGGGGAGGGGGAGGGGGAAUGCAGUGGAGAGGGCUCCGGGGAGGGGGAGGGGGAAUGCAGUGGAGAGGGCUCCGGGGAGGGGGAGGGGGAAUGCAGUGGAGAGGGCUCCAGGGAGGGGGAGGGGGAAUGCAGUGGAGAGGGCUCCGGGGAGGGGGAGGGAGAAUGCAGUGUAGAGGGCUCCGGGGAGGGGGAGGGAGAAUGCAGUGGAGAGGGCUCCGGGGAGGGGGAGGGAGAAUGCAGUGGAGAGGGCUCCGGGGAGGGGGAGGGGGAAUGCAGUGGAGAGGGCUCCGGGGAGGGGGAGGGGGAAUGCAGUGGAGAGGGCUCCAGGGAGGGGGAGGGGGAAUGCAGUGGAGAGGGCUCCGGGGAGGGGGAGGGGGAAUGCAGUGGAGAGGGCUCCGGGGAGGGGGAGGGGGAAUGCAGUGGAGAGGGCUCCAGGGAGGGGGAGGGGGAAUGCAGUGGAGAGGGCUCCGGGGAGGGGGAGGGAGAAUGCAGUGUAGAGGGCUGUGGGGAGGGGGAGGGGGAAUGCAGUGGAGAGGGCUCCGGGGAGGGGGAGGGGGAAUGCAGUGGAGAGGGCUCCGGGGAGGGGGAGGGGGAAUGCAGUGGAGAGGGCUCCGGGGAGGGGGAGGGAGAAUGCAGUGGAGAGGGCUCUGGGGAGGGGGAGUGGGAAUGCAGUGUAGAGGGCUCCGGGGAGGGGGAGGGGGAAUGCAGUGUAGAGGGCUCCGGGGAGGGGGAAGGAGAAUGCAGUGGAGAGGGCUCUGGGGAGGGGGAGUGGGAAUGCAGUGUAGAGGGCUCCGGGGAGGGGGAGGGGGAAUGCAGUGUAGAGGGCUCCGGGGAGGGGGAAGGAGAAUGCAGUGGAGAGGGCUCUGGGGAGGGGGAGUGGGAAUGCAGUGUAGAGGGCUCCGGGGAGGGGGAGGGAGAAUGCAGUGGAGAGGGCUCUGGGGAGGGGGAGGGGGAAUGCAGUGUAGAGGGCUCCGGGGAGGGGGAGGGGGAAUGCAGUGUAGAGGGCUCGGUGUGGGUCCUGGUAAAGGGGCAGGGUAUGGAGUGCGAGGGCUCGGUGUGGGUCCUGAUAAAGGGGCAGGGUAUGGAGUGGGAGGGCUCGGUGUGGGUCCUGGUAAAGGGGCAGGGUAUGGAGUGGGAGGGCUCGGUGUGGGUCCUGGUAAAGGGGCAGGGUAUGGAGUGCGAGGGCUCGGUGUGGGUUCUGGUAAAGGGGCAGGGUAUGGAGUGCGAGGGCUCGGUGUGGGUCCUGGUAAAGGGGCAGGGUAUGGAGUUUGAGGGCUUGGUGUGCAGGGCACUGGGAACCCUCAGCAGUACCACCCCGGUCCCGCUGACCAAUCGGAUUCAGAUCCUGGGGAACGGCUCCCUGCUCAUCAGACACGUGCUGGAGGACGACAUGGGAUACUACCUGUGCCAGGCCAGCAAUGGAGUGGGAACCGACAUCAGCAAGAGCAUGUUCCUGACUGUCAAGAUCCCUGCCAUGAUCACCUCGCACCCCAACACCACGAUCGCCAUCAAGGGGCAGAGCAAGGAGCUGAACUGCACGGCGCGCGGAGAGCGACCCAUCAUCAUCCGCUGGGAGAAGGCUGACACCGUCAUCGACCCCGACCGGAACGCACGCUACGCCAUCACCACCAAGGACAGUGGGGACGAGGUCAUCUCCACACUCAAGCUGAAGCCAGCAGACCGUGGCGACUCUGUGAUCUUCUCAUGUCACGCCAUCAACUCGUACGGAGAGAAUCGGGGCCUGAUUCAGCUCACCGUGCAAGAGCCCCCCGACCCCCCCGAGUUGGAGGUGCGAGAGGUGAAGGCUCGAAGCAUGAACCUGCGCUGGACUCAGAGAUUCGAUGGGAACAGCAUUAUCACAAGCUUCGACAUUGAGUACAAGAACAAGUCAGACUCGUGGGAUUUCAAGCACGCCACAAGGAACAUUUCCCCCACGAUAAACCAGGCGAACAUUGUGGAGCUGCACCCAGCACGGGUCUACAGCAUCCGCAUGUACUCCUUCAACAAGAUCGGACGCAGUGAGGCCAGCAAGGAGCUCACCAUCAGCACUGAGGAAGCAGCUCCCGAUGGCCCGCCCAUGGAGGUCAUCCUCCAGCCAAUGACAUCGCAGAGCAUCCGGGUCACAUGGAAGGCCCCGAAGAAGGAGCUGCAGAAUGGGGUGAUCCGCGGGUACCAGAUCGGGUACCGUGAGAACGGGCCGGGCAGCAACGGGCAGUACAGCAUCGUGGAGAUGAAGGCGACGGGCGACAGUGAGGUCUACACCCUCGACAACCUCAAGAAGUUCGCUCAGUACGGGGUGGUGGUGCAGGCUUUCAACCGGGCCGGAACCGGACCCUCCAGCAGCGAGAUCAAUGCCACCACGCUGGAGGACGUGCCCAGCCAGCCCCCGGAGAACGUGCGUGUGAUGUCCAUCACCUCGGACGUGGCGGUCUUGUCCUGGUCCGAGCCCCCCCGCAUCACCCUGAACGGCGUGCUCAAGGGAUACAGGGUCAUCUUCUGGUCCCUCUUCCCCGAUGGAGAAUGGGGAGAGAUGCAGAACAUCACGACGACCCGUGAGAGAGUGGAGCUCAAGGGGCUGGAGAAAUUCACCAACUACAGCGUGCAGGUGCUGGCGUACACACAGGCUGGGGACGGAGUGAGGAGCAACAUGCUCUACAUCCAGACCAAGGAGGACAUUCCGGGACCCCCUGCUGGGAUCAAGGCAGUCCCCUCCUCUGCCAGCAGUGUUGUGGUGUCUUGGCUCCCCCCCACAAAGCCCAAUGGUAUCAUCCGCAAGUACACCAUCUUCUGCUCCAGCCCAGGAUCCGGGCAGCCGGCCCCCAGCGAGUACGAGACCAGUCCGGAGCUCCUGUUCUAUCGCAUCGCUCACCUGAACCGCGGGCAGCAGUAUCUGCUCUGGGUCGCGGCCGUCACCUCGGCAGGAAGAGGAAACAUCAGCGAGAAGGUCACUGUGGAGCCUGCUGGGAAGGCCCCAGCGAAGAUCAUCUCUUUUGGGGGCACGGUCACCACACCCUGGAUGAAGGAUGUGCGCCUGCCCUGCAGCUCUGUGGGAGAGCCCGCCCCCUCCAUCAAGUGGACCAAGGACAGUGAGGACUCUGCUAUCCCGCUCACGCUAGACGGGCACCUCCUCAUCCUGGCCAACGGAACCCUGGUUCUGCGCGCCGUCAAAGCCGAGGAUUCUGGGUACUACACGUGCACCGCCACGAACACGCUGGGCUUCGACACCAUCAUCAUCAAUCUGCUGGUGCAAGUGCCUCCGGACCAGCCUCGCCUGACCGUCUCCACCACCUCCACCUCCUCCAUCACCCUGGCCUGGGUACCGGGAGACAACGGGGGCAGCUCCAUCCGAGGCUUCGUCCUGCAGUACUCAGUUGAUAACAGCGAGGAGUGGAAGGACGUGUUCAUCAGCUCCACAGAGCGCUCCUUCAAACUGGACAACCUCAAGUGUGGCACCUGGUACAAAGUGAAGCUGGCAGCCAAGAACAGUGUGGGGGCCGGCAGGAUCAGCGAGAUUAUAGAAGCAAAGACCUUCGGGAGAGAGCCCUCCUUCAAUAAGGACCAGCAUCUCUUCACUCACCUGAACUCGACACACGCUCGGCUGCACCUGCAGGGCUGGAACAACGGCGGCUGCCCCAUCAACGCCAUCCUGCUGGAGUUCAGACCCAAGGGCACCUGGGCGUGGCACACGCUGCGCACCAACACCUCUGCCGACCUGUUCCUGGCAGAGCUGCGCGAGGCCACCUGGUACGAGCUGCGCAUGAAGGCCUGCAACAGCGCCGGCUGCGGGAACGAGAGCGCGCAGUUCGCAACGCUGGACUACGAUGGGAGCACUAUCCCCCCUAUCAAGUCUGCGCGUGACGAGGGGGAUGAUGUGAAGAAGCUGUUCACCAUCGCCUGCCCCGUCAUACUGGUGACACUGGGAGCGGCCCUGCUCUUCAUCAUCCGCAAGAAACGCAAAGAGAAGAGGCUCAAGAGACUACGAGAUGCUAAAAGCCUGGCAGAGAUGCUGAUCAGUAAGAAUAACCGCAGCUUCGACACGCCGGUGAAGGGCCCCCCCCAGGGGCCACGGCUUCACAUCGACAUCCCGAGAGUGCAGCUCCUCAUCGAGGACAAGGAGGGGAUCAAACAGCUGGGUGAAGACAAGGCCACGAUCCCUGCGACGGACACCGAGUUCAGCCAAUCAUUGAACCCGCAGAGCUUCUGCACGGGUGUGUCCCUGCAUCACCCCGCCCUCAUCCAGAACACUGGCCCUCUGAUUGACAUGUCUGACAUCCGGCCCGGCACCAACCCGGUGUCCAGGAAGAGUGUGAAGUCGGCUCACAGCACGCGGAACCGCUACUCCAGCCAGUGGACCCUGACCAAGUGCCAGGCCUCCACCCCCGCGCGAACUCUGACCUCUGACUGGCGCACCGUGGGGUCACAGCACGGCAUCACAGUGACUGAGAGCGACAGCUACAGUGCCAGCCUGUCCCAGGACACAGAUAAGGGUCGGAACAGCAUGGUCUCCACAGAGAGUGCCUCCUCCACUUACGAGGAGCUGGCCCACGCCUACGAGCACGCCAAGCUGGAGGAGCACCUGCAGCACGCCAAGUUCGAGAUCACAGAGUGCUUCAUCUCCGACUCCUCGUCCGACCAGAUGACCACGGGCACCAACGAGAACGCAGACAGCAUGACCUCCAUGAGCACGCCCUCCGAGCCGGGCAUCUGCCGAUUCACCGCCUCCCCGCCCAAACCACAGGACUACGAUCGCGGCAAGAACGUGGCGGUGCCCAUCCCACACCGAGCCAACAAGACUGAGUACACUCACACCGUCAACAAGAGUGAUUACUGCAACCUCCCUCUGUACAUGAAGACUGACCCGUUCUUCCGCAAGCCGGACCUGCAGGACCCGAGCCCAGUGGUGCCUCCGCGUGAGGCCUCCAUCCGCAGCCUGGCCGCCAGAGCCUAUCACACGCAGGCGGCGCGUCACAUGACCCUGGAGCCCGUGAGUGCCAGCAAGCAGACCCUGAGCCUGGCGCACGCCAUGGGGCCCUCGGGGGCCAACGCGACGGCCACGCUACCUCAGAGGACUCUGACCAUGCCCAGCUCCAGCAAUCCCACCCCCGCCACCAAAACAGCGACCUCCAGAGACUCUCUGCUGGAAGGGCGUUCGCAGAAACAGGGGGCCGGGGCUUACUCCAAAUCCUACACGCUGGUGUAGUGACAGGACUGCUACCCACCCCUCACCCCCCCACUCACUGUCCCGCCUCCCUCCUCGACUGUUCAAAACCCUACACCCUGGUGAUUCCCACCCCCUCCCCUCCCUCCUGGACUCUGUUCAGAACCCUACACCCUGGUGAUUCCCACCCCCCUCCCCUCCCUCCUGGACUCUGUUCAGAACCCUACACCCUGGUGAUUCCCAUCCCCUCCCCUCCCUCCUGGACUCUGUUCAGCA